CUCAUUUCUCAACUAUUCCAUUCUCUUUUUCUUUUCUUUUCCUUCAAUUUUUCCUCCAUUUUCUCUUCACAUUUUCCCUUUUUUCCUUCAUCUUCCCCCUUUCUUCCUCCUUGUUUUGGUUAACAACUUCAACCAAAAUUCCCUAAUUACCCAAUUCCUUUUCAUUAAUCAAUCAAUCUAUAAAAUAAAACCCACAUUUUAAUUUCUUUUAAUUUUUUUGGGGUUUUAAAAAAAAAUAAUUUUGACAAGAUUAUAAACCAACCCACAAUCCAUUUCUUUCUAUAUAUACACAUAUAUACUCACCAUCUUUUUCCACCACUUCUACAUUGUGAAUUUUGAUUUUAUUUAUUUAUUUAUUUAUUAGAAAUUUACAAUGAAGAAAAGGUCAAAUAUUUCCAAAUCUUCAACUAUCAUUAAUCUAGAACCUUCUAUUACAUCCUCUCCACCUUCAUCUUCUUCUUCAUCAUCUUCAUCAUCAUCUUGUGUUGUUGAUGAUCAUAAUAAUCAUAACCAUAUAAUUAAUAAUAAUAAUUUUGAGGGUGGAGAAGAAAAACCUCCAAAACCUAAGAAAAUUAGAACUAAAAGAGCUUCAAUUAAUAAUCUAAAAUCACAAAAAUGUACCAAUGCCAAUGUCAAUCCUCCUACUAAUCGAAGAAGUUCCAUUUAUAGAGGAGUUACAAGACAUAGAUGGACUGGAAGAUUUGAAGCACAUUUAUGGGAUAAAAGUUCUUGGAAUAACAUUCAAAAUAAAAAAGGAAGACAAGUUUAUUUGGGAGCAUAUGAUAGUGAAGCUGAUGCAGCUCGGACGUACGAUCUAGCUGCACUUAAGUACUGGGGACCAGAAACUACAUUAAAUUUUCCUAUAGAAAAAUAUACGAAAGAGCUCGAGGAAAUGCAAAAUGCGUCCAAGGAGGAAUAUUUAGCGUCAUUGAGACGGAGAAGCAGUGGGUUUUCUAGAGGGGUUUCGAAAUACCGUGGCGUUGCCAGGCAUCAUCAUAACGGUCGAUGGGAGGCACGAAUAGGGCGUGUAUUUGGGAACAAGUACCUCUACUUAGGCACAUUCAGUUCACAAGAAGAAGCCGCUGAAGCGUAUGAUCGAGCUGCAAUCGAGUAUAGAGGUGUAAAUGCCGUGACUAAUUUUGACAUUAGCAAUUACGUAGGUCGUUGUAAGAAUCUUAUGCCCAAGGAUGAAUCACAACAGUCGAAUCCCAAACAAGCUAAAACUGUUUCUCUACAAAAGUUGCAACAAGUAAAAGUACAAAAAUCGGAAGAACAUGAAGAUCAACCAGCAUUAAAAUUACAGCCCGAAUUGUUGGAACAAGUAGAUGAGCCCGAUUUGGUAGAUCAAGUAGAUGAGCGAGUGCACCCAAAUUUGGCGGAUAUAGUAGAUGAGCAACGAAAUGAACAAAUCGAAGGCCCAUCUCAGCUCGAAGAGGAGCCUAAACUUAUGGACUCCAUUGAUCACCCAUCCAUGCUCGUUGGAAUGAAUGGCCCCGAGGAUGAGAGGGAAAACCCGUGGAACUUUUACAUGGAUCCUGGGGGUUACAACCCCUUCUUGGUGCCGAAUAUUCCAUUUGAAGAAGAUGCUAGAUGGCACGAUUUGUAUAAUCAAAUGGGGUUUGAAGAGAACAUCGAUAGGUUUUUCGAGGGAGAAGCGGAGAGCUUGAUUGAUAACAUAGAUGGAUCAUACUUUGAUGGCACCGAGGUUAUGGAUUGUUCAAACGGUAGCAAAACUACCGAGGAUUUAGACAAGAAGAUAGAGAUUUUGCCUAAGACGGAGGAGAACUCGCUCUCAUUUUCUUCGUCCUCUCCAUCAUCGUGCACAACUAGCUUAGAGUAGUUUUUCAUCCUUUUUUAGUUUUUUGGGUGUCUUGUUCUUUGAGCAUUAUGUUUGUUGAAGUUUGUUUGGUUUUUCAUUUUCAUCCCCAAAAGUUUAGGUGAUAAUUUGAUAUUUGUUAUGAGUGGAUGAGAAGAAAUCCAAACAUGUUUCAGUCUUUGUUAGGGAAAACCAAAAUUUUGUUUUAAAAUUUCAAAGUUUUUGUUGGUGUUGGGGAUGAGCAAAUGCAGAAAUUAAGAUUAGUUGUAUUAUAUGCAUGUUUCUAAUGUUUUCUUGUGUUAUAUGUAAAUAUCAAAUUGAGGGAAAUAAACUAAAGUUAUGACUAAUUAAUACUC